AUGUCAAAAUUCGAGUCGUCGUUUUCGAAGCGGAAAACGUCCGACACCGGCAGCAACCGGGCGCUGCGGCCCACAAACGAGUCGCAGGACGAUCUGGUGAGCUUUCCGCCGUCCGCGUCGAUCCAGUACGACAUGGGGCCGUCUCUUGAGGACGGGUACAAGGACAGGCUUUUUGCGUCGACGGUGCCGUCGGACGAGCUGGAGCUGAGCGCAGGCACGUUUUCGUCGCGCGACAACUUGCACGCCCCGCUGGUGCCCUCAAUGGGUCUUGUGGACGACCCGCUGCACUAUCUGAAGUACCAGGAGAUAGUGGUGACGUCACGGCUGCUCGCCACCAUCGACAAGCACAGGACAAGUCUGCAGAAAGGGAGCAGGCGGGUGGGCAGGACGCGCGAGACGCUGCUGUACUUGUUUUCGGAGCUGAACCAGAUCAGCCAGGCGAUGAAGGAGAUCUACACCACGGAGCAGCACAAUAAGAGCGCGGUCCUAACUAAUUUCGAGCAUUGGGAGGCCAAGCGGACGAAAAUAGUCGACCGAAUAGACGAGAUCGAGAACCGCACGACGGAGGGCGCCGCGUACAAGGCGCUGCUCGCCGAGAGCGACCGGAUCGGCACAGAGAUCGAGCAGCUGGAGCGCAAGCUGCGCGCGCUGCGGACGAAGCAGAAACAGGUGACCCAGCAGCUGCGCGAAUCCAAGUCGCUCUUGGACAUCAAGCUGAACGCGUACUACGAGUCGUUGGGCCAGAUCGAGGCGCAGGAGUUCAGCGAGAUCGAAAAACUGCUGCCGGCGAAGGGCGCCGACAAGCAGCUCAACCCGGCGUCCAUCAUCGAAAAUUACAAUCUGCAGCUGCGCGCGCUGGCCGACAUGGUGCACACGGCAGAGGCCAAAGAACUGAGUUUCCACGAGUGUUGCGUGUAUUUGGAAGACGUAUUUGAGACUCUGGGCUCGCUGGAGGCAGCGUUGCAGAAAAUCAUCGCGGACACGGUGCCGGAGAAAACCGAGCUGCUGCUCAAGGAGCUUGCCGCGGCGCUGCAGACGCUGGAGCAGCGCAGACGGCAGGCGGCCCAGUCCAAGCUGGGCUACAUCGAGGCCAUCAUCGGCGACGAGAUCACAGCGAUAGAAAACGCCGUCCGCACCAUCAGGGGCGAGGAGCCGAAACCGGCGCUCAAGCCGUCGGCCAGCGCCACAAGCGUCAAGAGCGUACGCAGCAUGAACUCGCCGUCGCCGUCGUCGCUGCCCAUCAAGCCGGCGUUCUCGGUGCCGGUGGCGUCGACGUCGCAGAUCACAGCAGCCAGCAGCGAGGCAACAAAGUACGCGCAGGCCAAAUCGGCGAUCCAGAAAAGCAAGGGCGACAAGAAGGACUGA